AUGUAUUACUCUCCUCUCCUCCUAUGCCUCGGGUUGCUCUCGACAGAGGCUCAUUGCCUUUCAAAUGAAAAGGUUCGAGCAGCCGCUGGUGCAUUUGCUUCCAACUCUGAUGGCAGUCUUAAGCUAUCUCCCGUUGCUGCCCCUGUGCAAGGGGGUGGAAACCCCGGAUCAGCAUCUACGUGGCAGUUGAAUAUUGACGACACAAGCUCGGGAUACAAGCAAACCAUUACCGGUUUCGGCGGUGCUGUAACUGAUGCCACUGUCACAUCCUUCAACACGUUGUCCGCAAGUACCCUGAACCAGCUUCUUAACGAACUCAUGACUACAGCAGGCGCUGGAUUCGCGCUUAUGCGACACACCAUUGGCGCCUCGGACUUGUCUGGCGAUCCAGCAUAUACGUUUGACGACAAUGGCGGCAAGGCUGACCCAAAUUUGAAUGGCUUCAACCUUGGCGAUCGAGGCGAUGCCAUGGCUUCCCUACUUGCAAAGAUGAAGUCGCUGCAGUCCAGCCUCAAGAUAUUCGGAUCUCCAUGGAGCGCACCAGGGUGGAUGAAACUGAAUGGUGUCAUUGACGGCACUACCAACCAGAAUAACCUGAACGAUGGCUAUCUUACCAACAAUGGCGCUCAGUACUCCAGCGCCUUUGCACAAUACUUUGUCAAGUAUAUUCAAGCAUUCGAAGCGCAAGGUGCCAAGAUUGAUGCCAUCACUGUUCAAAAUGAGCCAUUGAACAGCCAGGCCGGAUAUCCCACCAUGUACAUGUUCGCAGAUGAACAAGGCAACCUUAUUCAGAAUUAUAUUGGUCCAGCCCUCGCAAAUGCAGGAUUGGAUACCAAAGUAUGGGCGUAUGACCACAACACUGACGUGCCUGACUACCCCCAGACGGUUAUCAACAAGGCUGGUCAAUACGUCGACACAGUCGCGUGGCAUUGCUAUGCAACCAACCUGGACUGGACGGUCCUCUCCAACUUCAAACAAAGCAACCCCAACGUCCAGCAGUACAUGACUGAGUGCUGGACGCCAUCAACUGGUGCGUGGCAUCAGGCUGCCGACUUUACCAUGGGGCCGCUGCAGAACUGGGCUUCUGGCGUUGCCGCGUGGACCCUUGGCACAGAUGCACAAGAUGGGCCUCAUCUAUCAAGUGGUGGCUGCGGAAGCUGCACAGGUCUUGUUACCAUUAACAAUGGUGCGUAUACUUUCCAGACAGCAUAUUAUAUGAUGGCGCAAUUUAGCAAAUUUAUGCCCCCCGGUGCGACGGUCUUGAGCGGCAAUGGUAGCUAUAGCUACUCGAAUGGUGGCAUCCAAUCCGUCGCUUCCAAGAACCCAGACGGAUCACGAACGGUUGUCAUACAGAAUACGUUUGGCAAUGAUGUGUACGUUCACUUGAAUACGAAGAGCGGCCAAGAAUGGAGCGGGAAUGUUCAGGCAAACUCUGUGACUACUUGGGUUUUGCCAUGA